UACUGAAGUUCGACCAAUCAUAGAACACUAUUUUAGAUUGCAUACAAAACGUCAGAGAUAAUCCACGUUUUGUAAUUGAAAACGCACGAGUAUUUUAAUGGCUCUUUGAUUUUACCAAUUUACAUGUGUGGCAAAUGAAAUUUAAAUCACAAUUUAUGGAAAUAAUUAGUAUAUUUGGUGCUAAAAGUCUAUAUUUGUACGAUACGUUAUUGGUUUUGUAAAGAAAUCACAUCAGCAUAUCCUCUAAGUGGCGAAUCUGAGAGACUAAGUCAAAGUGGGAAUCAAAGAUCACAACAAGAAACUGCCAAAUAAAUAUUUCCAUCUGUAAGUCGAAAAUACAAUUAAACUAAGAUGCAGUAUGCAGUGUGAAGAGAUCUCCUUACCUGCAUACACAGUUUGUAUAUAACAUUGAGUGCCUAAAACUUGGCUGUCACAUUUAUUAAAAAAAAUGUCAUCAGAACUGGAACCUCCAGAGAAAAAGCCAAAAAUAACAGGUAACAAUGACCUUUGCAUAGAAACUAUAGAUAAAUGCAUUGAGAACAUUACCAGCUCUGAGAAGAACUUGCAACCUAUAAUAAAUGAUGAAUUCCAUAUGCCGAUACAGUUAGUCAAAGUAUAUGUAGGACAUAUCAGAAGUGCCAAGGAUAUAUCAAGAACAAUCCUGAUUCUGAACGAAAGGAUACCUUUAAAAGAACUGUCUCAUUUAAAGAGAGUGAGGUGUCAAUGCAUUAUAUUAUGUCCAACAACUUUUUUACACAAUAUGUCUUCAAUACAGGAGUAUAUAGAAAUCCAUGCGUUAGAAUUGAAAGAUGUUUUUGACUAUUUCAAAGAAAUAAAUGUGCCGUUGCUACCUCCAAAAAUUGUGAGCCAGUAUAAUGAAACUAAAAAAAUAUGGCCGUGCAACUUUCAUCCAAACACAUAUUUUGAAAAACUCGUGAGUGACCACUUUUUUAGUUCAUAUGAAGUUAAAUUACACAGACAGUUCAUGGGGGUGGUAUUUGAAAUAGCCAAAUGGUAUGUGAUGCAUAGAGGUACAAGUUCUGUUGUUGGUGGCAUAUUUGAAAAUGUCAAUGUAACAGUUGUUGUUAAUCCGAUUAACAACAGAAUUGUAACAAUUUCUUAUGACUAUAGACACAAUCAUCCUAUGCAGCACUCUGCUAUGUUAGCUAUUGAUAAUGUAGCUAAAACACAAAAUGGCGGAGUUUGGUCUACAGAUUAUGAUAAUAACUUACUACCUGGAUUAGAACAGGAGCUAAUAGAUUAUUUGAAAGAGAAGUUUUCGCACUUUGGAAUUGGAAUGAAAAAAUCAAAAACUGAUGUGCAAGAAGAAAAAAGUGUUAAUGAUUUGCAUGGAGAAGGAUGUGGUGCUAAAACUGAUUUGCAUGGAGAAGACUGUGGCCACAAAACAGUUGUGCAUGGAGAAACUAAAGAAAAAGAUGGUCCAUACUUAUGUACAGGAUAUUAUAUAUACAUGCUAAGGGAGCCUUGUGUAAUGUGUGCGAUGGGAUUAGUGCAUGCACGUGCUAAACGCAUAUUCUAUUGCUUCAAUAACAGUGACACUGGUGCAUUGAACUCAGUUGUCAAACUGCAAACUGUGGCCUCACUUAAUCAUCAUUUUGAAGUGUUUUCAGGGUUUUUAUAGUAUUGUAAAUAAAUUCAUUUACAGUAAAAGCUCCAUAUUCUUGGGGGGACAAGACGGGUGAAGGUAAUUUUAUCAUAGGACAUGUGGAGACUUAUAAUGGCUUUUGGCCUGCCAUGCCUUUGCUUUCUCCCCUAGGAUUCCAUUCGAAGGACUCUUAUGCAACUCCCAGAAUUACUAUUUAACUAAAUAAAACUCUGAAAAUGGAAUUAGAUAAGUCACGCUUUAUGUUAAAUAUGCUGACUUGUGUAUAACGAAAAUAUGAAACAUUUACUGUGAAUAAGAAGCUUUGAUUGUACUUCAGUUGCAUGGGUAAAAUCCCUAUGAUGACCAUGGUUUAUCAAAUUGGGUCUAAAUAUUGACAGAAUUCAAGUAAUGUACUUAUAUUUUGUUAUAAAUCAGUGAUUUGCCAUAGAAGUUUUUAAAACGAAACCCAAGAUUGAACUAUAUUUUUUACAGUAUAAUUACAAUGAUAUUUACUGAAUUGUCUUCUUCUUGUGAAUUAUUUAGGUACCUCAUUUAUAAGCGAAGAAUAAGCUCUUUGUUAUUGUUAUAACAUUUAUAACUGAGUUUUAUUAUUUGAUAUUAUAAUAUUAUAAAUCAUUUUUACAAAUGUAAUAAACAAUGAAAAAAUA